ACACAACGCAUAAAUCAUGUUUGGUAGGCAGCAAAAGGUGGAGAGUCUGAUACAAAGCCUGUGUCCUUAGUGAUUGUCAGGAUUUGGCUAAAUAUAUUUCGAGGAUUACACCCGUCUUCCGCAAGAAGAGACGACACUUUUGUGUGAGACAGGCGCUAAUUAAUGUUUUUUUUCGCAUCAACCGUUGUUGCUAGCUAGUGUAAAGCGGUUAGCAGCGUUAACGUCAAUAGGAGCUAACGUUAACGUCAUAUCGGUACCGACAAUCAUCACCGGUCCUAUUUGACGGCGAUUCUGUGAUUAAAGGAGCUCCAAACCUCAGCGUAUGCAUCUUACAGUUUACAAGUGGGCAGCGUAAAAUGAUGAGCUUCAGCUAACCCAGCUAGCUGUUUGAUUAGUGUUUGCUCUCCUCACUGCCACGGUGCCGAGUGUCCACGUCUAGUGUCGUCUGCUGUGUUGAACGGAGCCAGCUGAGCUAGGCCACGUCCCUGCGGGCGUAUUUCAUCUUCCCCACUGACAUUGGACCCUUAACAGAGAAGAUGCGUGUUUGCAGAAGGAGGAAGGAGUGUAACAAAACAGUAGAUAUGUGAAAAGUCUUGAUCCUUCAUGACUGUGUGUCUAUGUAGUGUUUGCUUUUCCGAGCGGUUGCCGCAUAAGCACGGCAUGUCACGUAGACGGAUGUGUUUUACAGACUACUCUCACUGAGUCUGCAGGCGGAAGUAUCGUUACAAUUUGUUUUUGAAAUGGUUGGGUUUGGUGCAAACCGACGGGGAGGCCGCCUCCCGUCCUUCAUCCUCAUCUUCUUGAUGGUGAUCAUCGCCAUACUGUCUUUCAACUACUGGACAGUGUCCAACAAGCACGGCCACUUGCUGGACGAGCUGCUGGAGGUGCAGACGCAGGUGAAGCGCACGGACGCGGCGCGGAGCCGGCUGGAGAAGCGCAACUCGGAGCUGAUGGUGCAGGUGGAGACGCACAGGAAGCAGAUCGACCAGAAGGAGGUGGACUACAGCGUCCUGGAGGGAAAGCUGCAGGCCCGGGAGACUCUCAUCAAAAAGUGCACUGAUGAAAAGAUGAAGGUGCAGAGUGAUGUCACAGCCCAAAUGACAGAAAUACAAAGGCAGAAAGAGCAGCUAAAUGAGCUGAAGCAGGAGUUCAUAAAACAGGAGGAGCAGCUCAGAGAAGUGAAGAAAAAUAGCACUACCUUGGAAAGGAAACUGGAGUAUGAGAGUUUACAGUGUGGGCGUCAGAUUGCACAACUGAAAGAAGAGAAUGAAGAAACAAAAAAGACCCUGGAAGAACAAACAUCCAAGCUUAGACAGAGUGUAAUGGACGACCAAAAGGGUGCAGGGGCAGGAAGACACACAGAUGGAGCACCCGGGGAGGCGAUGGUUGGAGAGCGCCAUACAGUGGCCACUCACCGGCAUGACAGUCCAGUUUUAAAAGAAGAUAUGGGUAAGCCUGGCAGUGAUGCUGGUAUGCCUGGUAUUGAAGACAGUGAGGUGGGAAAGAUCGACGAUGUGCAAUUUGCCUUGAAGAAGCCAGCCAUCACUCAGAAGCACGAUGAGGCCCCUGAUAUGGUGGUGGGAGCUGGUGCGGGACCUGGAGUCGGGGCAGCUGAUGGCCCCGGGGGCCAGGGCCUGUCUCUGGAUCAGCCCGGGCUGCAGCAGGACCGAGUGGAGGCUCGAGCAGUGAUUGAAAUUCCCAGUAUCAUCAAACAGGCAGACAAACCCAUAGUGUUUGAAGAGGACAACAAGGCUGUCAUCAAGGCAGACGAACUAGGAGAACAGCAAAAACAAAUGCAUGCUCCUGAUAAUGUCAAAGGGGACAGCGAACACUUGAAGGGGAUCCCUCUGCCUCCUAACCCAGUGCAGGUGCCCAACCCCCUCCAGCCUCACCACACCAAAGACCAGGUUCCAGCAGAGCCGGUGCGCCACCGCCAAAGCCGGUUCUUUGAUGAGAACGAGUCCCCAGUAGAUCCGCAACACGGCUCUAAGCUAGCGGACUACAAUGGGGAUGAUGGGAACGUUGGUGAGUAUGAGGCCGACAAGCAGGCCGAGCUGGCCUACAAUGAGGAAGAGGAUGGUGAUGGUGGGGAGGAAGACGUUCAAGAUGAUGAAGAUAGAGACAUGCAAGGAGACCGGGCUGUGGAUUAUGGGAAAAGACAUCAAGCCAUUGACAUUCUUUGAAUGGGAAAUCAUUCAGCUGAAACUCAUUACAAAUAUUCAGACAGUCUUCUACACGUUCUUGAGGAAACAGUUUGAACAUCAAUAUGUUUAAGAAUUUAUAGGAUGCAUCUUCAAUGUCACAGACUAUCAUAAAAACAGACAUUGCAACUAAUGAAUUAAUUCUAAAUAACAUACUAUAAUACAAAGAAAAAAAUCAUGGCACUGUCCGGAGAUGGUGAUUUGCUAAUGGUUCUAAGUUAUGGCAGAAGGGAUGAUAUACUGUACACUGACUGUUGAGUUUGUGAUUUGAUAACUGCCAUAGUUCAUACAAAGUGAUCUGGAAGAGCCCACAGCUGAACUUCUAAGGUUGAACUGGGUUUUGUUUUUGCUGUUUCUUUCAGGUUGCUGUUGCUUGAUAAAAACAAACUCUUCACCUGAGAUGUUUAUCAAAGAGACUAAUACGACAUUCUGCCUUUCUAACAUAAUUUUGGGAAUUUUACAUGGAAGAUCUUUUUUUUGUUUGUAGAGUGGGAAUGCAUUGCAAAUGCCAAGGACUUUGCUUAAGGCCUAUUAAAUCAAUUACGUUUCUUUGUGACAGACACUUGAAAGUGAUCCUUGUUCUGUUUUUUUUAUGAUGCCAUUGCAUGCAUAUGAAAGUUGUUUUGAAUAAUAAUCAAACUGAGCAAAAUACUGAUGCUUAAGCAAUACUUAGAGCGUUGUUAGUAUCCUCCAGUGUGCAAAGUUUAAACAAGCACAUAUAGUACUGACAUACUGUACACAUGCUUCCAUUCAUGAGGUCUCUUGUACAUAAUGUAGUUCAACUGUUACCAUUUGUACUGAGGAAAACCUAAUUACUCACCUUUUAGGGAAAUUUGUGAACAUGAAAACAGUUUGUGCAGCCAGAAAAAAGUGAUUUCUCAUGGAAAGGCACAUUGAAUGUAAUUUUAUUUUAUUAAAGUUGAUGCUUCGUGUCA